UCAUUGAUUGUCUGUAUUUCUCAUGGAGCGACACCCGAAGCGUGUCAGUAUCUCCAAACCAUCGUCAGCCGCACCUUAUAUGGGAUGUCGCCAUCGGUCUGGAAGGAUGUGCAGGUGUUACUUGCUCAUCCUGAUAGCAUCUUCCGCCGUAUGGUCAAGCAAGCGCAGCUGGGGGAUGAUGAGGCGAGGCCAUACUUUAACCUGUUUUUGACCGUCGCAGAACAAAGUGUCCAGGAGAUGCUGCGCGAACCAGAGACGGAUUUCCACGGAUAUCUACUAGAAGUGAUGAAGGAGUCACUUUCGGCCAGCGAUUGGCCUGUUGAGCCGUCACAUCCCGCUAUACUUGCCUUGCAAUUUUGGCAAAAUUUUAUCGACGAGAUGUCGGAUGCCCUCAUGGCGGAUGAGUCUCCAUCAGAGUUCCCGCAAAGCCGCAUUGUAUGGUGGAACUCCGCACGCCUCAAUCUUCUCGCUGCUAUCGAGAAAUUCAUGAUCCGUCUUCGACUGCCCUCACUCUCCGAGCUUCAUGACUGGGGUAAGGACGAACGAGAUGUGUUCCGGGAAUUUAGAAGGGAUGUGAAAGAUCUCUUCUCGGAAGCAUACUCGAUCAUCGGCAACGAUAUUCUCGUGGGAUUUGUCCGGUUCACAGCAUCCGCACUGGAGAGCAGUUCACCCGAUCCUCUGCAAAUCGAGGCAUCACUGACAUCGUUUUCUGCGAUUGGCGAUGCCAUCAAUGAAUCCGAUGAGACGGACCAGGCCGUGGCAACCAUUGUCGGAAGCCGUCUAUUUCAGUUUCUAUCGAGUCCCGAGCUACCAUACCUCGUGAAGAAAUCGGGAAUUGAUUUGAUCGCAUCCAUGACUUCGUUCUAUCAACGACGACCAGAUUUAGUUCCUCUCGCAUUGAAUUUCCUCUUCGAGGCGGCGAAGCACGAGUCCCUCGCGGUUUCAGCAUCGCGAUCUAUUAGCCAAUUGACGUCGGCCUGUAGAUCGGAGCUGACGAGCGAGCUUAGCACGUUCUUCGUCAAGUACGAUGAAUUUAUCGCAGGGCCGACUAUUGACUCUCUCACGAAAGAAAAACUGAUCGGAUCCAUCGCAGCAGUUGUGCAGGCUAUUCCGGUCCAUGAAGACAGACUGUCGGCGUUGGAAACCCUCCUUCGGUAUGUUUCGAAAGACAUCGAACGCUCCAUCGAGUUGAUGAACCUCGCUCAACGGCCUGGCCAUCCUGAAUCCGCAAGGGAGUCGUUACAAGCCGGAGAACAAGCCAUGCGGUGUUUGGCCGCGAUCGCUCGGUCAUUCGAAGACGACGGGACUCAAGUCGUUGAUCUUGAGAACAGCGAGGGGGGUGGACCAAUGUCCACUGAGCGCGAGAAAAUCCUUCAGCUCCAAAUCAGCCGAAUGAUAUCUACCCAACUCUCGUUAUUUGGCGAUCAUGCGACUUUCGAGGUGGUCGAAUCCGCGUGCUCUGUUUUCAGAACAGGCUUCAAAGGCCGAGAUGGAGGUCCAUUUUCACUCCCUGCCGCCGACUUCCUGGCUCUUCUAUUUCAACGCUCCAUCCACUCGCCGGGGUUUUCGGACGAGUGGCUGAAAUCUUUAUGCACCUAUCUCAGUGCCGCCUCGCUUCAGAAAUCUCAACAGAAGGAAUCCGACAUGAACGAUAUUUUGGAGUAUCUUCUAAACCUCGUGACAGUUCAACUGCAGAAUGAUCCGGGACAAGAUCCCGAUGCUACUGUUGGUAUUGUACAAUGCUUGAGCAAGUUUUUCAGAAGCAACCUGGCUUUUUUCAGUCGACUGCGCGUUGAUUGUCGACCCAUCCUUCAUUUUGCUGCAAGGUCACUCGAGACGAGAGAAAUUCUUCCUAGACGCGCCGCUGCUGAGUUUUGGGUAGGUGCAUUUUACGAACACCUUUUCCUCGGACGCUUGAACGAUCCGCUUACACAAUGCAGAAACAGUUCCUCGAAUACACGAAUCAGCCCCCUGAAAUCCAGCCAUUGCUGGAUAGCAUGUUUGACGAGAUCCACAGCCAGCUCGCCGUUGCGCUCGUAUCACAGGUUGCCUUGCAUAGUUCCAAAAGCGAGCUAGGAACCUUUGCGGAGCCCAUUGGGAAAUACGUUCAACGGCAUCGGAAUUCAAUUUCGUGGAUGGAACAAGCCAUCCAUACAGUU